AUGAGCUCACUUGUACGUCUCGCAACUGUCUUUAUCUUUUGCGCUACCAUUCUUACCAGCACAUCAUCAGCUCAUCCGGAGUACUUUAUUCGGGCAGCUAAAUGGAGUCAUUUAUCACCAUCAGGUGGCGCUCUAGUUUCCGGUCGUGGAAACUUCCGUCCAGGCUUUAACUCUCGUCUUUGGUCAUCUAUGAUAGCUGAGCCAAGUUUCAAUAAGAGAUCGUUCAACAGUAAAUCGGACGAAGAACCAAAACGAUAUUCGUUGAAUGCCCCUAUUGAGGCUAUUCUUUCUUCUGUUAUUCGACAAUCAUCUGUUCCUGAUACUCUACUUCCAACUGUAUGUCCUCCAUCAUGUGAUGAAUUAUUUCAUGCCAUUGAUGCUUCUGGACUGAGUAAUACAGGCUUAAACACUUCUAUUUCGGAAUCCUGUAGCUGUGUUUGUCCGGAAGAUCAACCGGUUUAUUUAAAUACUGCUGGCUAUUGUGUUAACAAACUUGAUGAGUGUAGACAUAAUAUACCAUUCGAAUCUUCUCAUAUAACGGAAAAGUACCUUCCAGUGGUUACUUUGCCAGCUCAUAACGGUGUUGUUCUUCCGCGAACAAAAAUCUUAUGGAAAGAAAGUGGAAUUGAAGUGUCUCCAACAGGAGCUGUCAACUGCUCCAUCACUGGAGUCUAUCAUGAGAAUAUUUCACAUCGAUGGCGUCCAGCCAGCAAAAAACAUCUGUUCAAUCUUUUGACAGCGGGUGGACAAACGGUUAUUAUGUUCCGUGGAUCGGAUCAUGAUGCAAAUCAUCUGGUAGGAGCUGUUGUUCAAUUGAAAGUUUCCUGUGCGCGCUUUUUGGCUGAUGAGCAUUGUCUCUCUUUCCGCGUAGCGGGUGUAUCCGGUAACAAUCCAUACAAAAAUGGCGAUGAGAACAGGAAUCCUGAAGUUGGAAUAACGCUGUUGCUAGUCGGAUUGCUUAUCUUAACACUGCUCGGCACUUUCUUCAUCUGGCAAAUGUGUUGGAGAAGGAAAAAACAACAGCUCAUUUCGGAUAUUCAAAUGCAGUUCCUUUACCAUUUCAAGCAACAACAAGAAGCUCAUAAAGCUGCCGUAGCUGCUGCUCAAAUGUCUCGAGGAGGUAUAUCAUCUCCAAAUGAGUUUUCCCCCCGAGAUCAGAUGUCUCCAACAUCAUCUGAUUACUCAUCUCCUUUAUCUCCAACCGAAAGCACGGGACAGAAAAAACGCUUAUUUUUCAGUGCUGAAUAUCUUGAUCGAGAUUACAUGGAAAACCCUCCCGCGAUGGCUGAACAAUUUCUUUAUGAUUUACGUAGGAUGAUUGAUGUGGCAAGGGAUAGAAUACGAAUGAGACGAUUUGUUCCUAUGCUUAUAGCGAUUCCAGAAUUACCUGAAGAAGGAAAAUAUUCAAUAGGGGAUAGAAAAAUCCAUCCGUGCGCCAUCAUAGAAGAGAAUCCUAUGGAAAGCUCUAUGGAAAGUCAAGAAUCUCCCAGAAGUGAACCAAAAUCCAUCGAUAGCGGACGUGAAUCACGCGAGGAUUCGGAUGAUUCGCGCGAUAUUGAAGAAGAUGAAGAAGAUGACAUUACACAAGAAGUUGAUAAUAACAACAAACAAUUAAAUAUAGAAACUGUUGUUCGAAAGGAUUCUGUUAAAAAAAUUGUCAGCGGUUUUGAAUCAUUGUCUUCUUCUAACAAUAGUUUUAAUGGCUCUCACCAAAAUAAGCCAGCUUCGCCAACUUCUAAACUUCCAACUCCUUCAAAACCAACAAGUCGACCUUCGAACGUGCAAAAACCGCAGGGGUCUACACCAGGCACACCUGCUCCCCAUCCUAAAUCAGGAAUUCCAACUUUAAUGGGCCAAGCAAGCCCGAGACCAGUUCAUAGAGGGCUUACAGUUCCCAAAAGUCCUGUGACGCAGUCAUCAAGUUUAACGCCUCCCACAUCAAAACGUUCAACAGAUGAAAACAAAAGCCUCCGCUCAAGGAAAGGCUACCCCGUGUUUCCUGGAAGCUCCAUGCUGAACAAGUCUUUACCACGUCGUAAGCGAAGUUUACAAGAGCAGGUUCAAGCUGCUGAAACCACCAAAAAUUCGACAGCAGUUGUUUAA